AUGGAUUUAAACCUAGAAGUAUGUGAUAAUUUUGAUGUUAAAGAAAAAGAUAUAUUUAGAGGUUAUUUAUGCUUCGUAGUAUCCAUUUUCUGUAUAGGCCUAGUGACGGCGGUUAUAGGAGAUGCGGCUUCACAUUUUGGAGCUACAUUAGGCAUUAAAGACGCAGUUACUGCGAUAGUAUUCGUUGCUUUAGGUACUAGUAUUCCAGACACAUUUGCCAGUAAAGUGGCUGCCAUUCAAGAUAAGCACGCAGACGCCAGUGUUGGAAACGUGACAGGCAGUAACGCCGUCAACGUAUUUUUGGGCAUUGGCGUUGCUUGGUCCAUAGCCGCUAUUUAUCACCACGUCAAUGGAAAUGUCUUCCACGUAGAUCCGGGCAAUCUUGCCUUCUCUGUCACAAUAUUUUGUACAGAAGCAGGUCUAGUAAUCAUCGUCCUAGUUCUUCGUAGAUCAAAAUACAUUGGAGGCGAGUUGGGAGGGCCGACUUGCAUAAAAUAUUUCACUUCCGCCGUAUUUUUCAGCCUCUGGAUCUUAUAUCUCAUCAUGUCGUCCUUGGAAGUUUACGAAGUCAUUCAUGGUUUUUAAAUACUUUAUCUUGGUAGAUUUAUGUUAUGAACUUCUAAAGAAAAUCGACAGACUUUAAAAAUAGCAAGGGCUAGACUAGUUCUUAUUGAUGCCAUUUUAAUAAAAAUAUUUGUAUUAAAUGUAAAAUAACUAAAAAAAUUUAAAUUUGUUUUGGACUGUGUCAUUGUCCAGUCAGUAAAGCAUAUACUUAAUACGAUAUUAUAUUACAUGCAUUGACAG